CCCAUCUGAUGAUUCAGCAGUCGGUGAUAUGAACAGCAAUGGGACAAGUGCAACAAGUAGUAGUAAUGGUGAAGCUCUUUGCCCGGAAACUACCUCAACAAUAACAACAGAAAGCCUAACUGAAUCCUAUACAAAAUUAGCGCUAACUAAACGACAAACAUCACUUGUGAUCGAAUCUAGCGCAGAUUUAAAUGAUCCAGGGAAAAUGUUUAUCGGUGGCCUGAGUCCUACUACAACAUCUGAAGGUCUCCGGGAUUACUUUCAAAAAUAUGGUGAACUUAGAGAGUAUAUGAUUAUGCGUGAUCCCCUUACAAAAAGAUCAAGGGGUUUUGGUUUCGUAACAUUUUCCGACCCAGUUUGUGUAGAAAAAGUUCUUGAAGCUGCUCCUCACAUUUUGGAUUUUAAAAAGAUUGAUCCAAAACUUGCAGUUCCUCGUAAACCUGGACAAAAUGCAAAAUUAUCCACAAAAACUAAACGUGUAUUUAUCGGUGGAGUUGCAACUCAGACUACAAAUGAAGAACUCAGUGAAUACUUUAGCCAAUUUGGCAAGAUCGACAUGCUGGAAUCGUGUGAGUUAAUGAUGGACAAGUCAACUAAUCGACAUAGAGGCUUUGGUUUCGUCACCUUUGAAUCUGAAGAGGCAGCAGAAAAAGUCUGUGAAAUCCAUUUUCAUGAUUUGCAUAAUAAAAUGGUCGAAGCUAAAAAAGCUGUUCCAAAAGAAGUGAUGAGUACAAAUAAUACAUUGAUAAAACAAAGACAUCAGUUCAUUCGUGCACCACUUCCUCACUUUCUACCUGGGCAGUUGAAUGGAGCAGCGGCGGCCGCAGCAGCUGCAGCUGCAACCUACACACUAACAGCCACAUCACCAAUUACAGCACGUCAGCCAAGUGCCUAUGCUUACUUGCCUGGAUAUUAUCUAUCCCCAGGUACUGCUAUGUUUUACAACCAAUCAGCUGGUGUCGUUAUCAAUCCAAAUACUGGAUUACUGCCAACUACAUUACAAACAAGUCAGCUAAGAAGUCCUCAAGAGUCACAAAACACCAACUAUGAGUUACUUAGUUCCCCAUUAUUCAGUCAUUCAAUACAUGCAGUCCAACCAACUACUUUCAUUGCUUCUAAUUCACCACAUCAAAUUUUUAACAAUACUGUGAGCAGUAUUCUCACUAAUAGUAAUCAGAUUAAAGGUCAGCUAAAUACUAAAAAUACUAUCAAUAACAGUAAUGACAAACAUAUAAAUACUAAUUGCACACUAUCACUAACACAAUGUGAUGACCAAAAAGUCAAAGAAUUUCCCAAUAAUAACGAUAACCAUUCUUACAAAUUACAAUAUUUUCUCAAUUCCAUGACAAUAUCUUCACUAUUACAAAAUGGUGAAAGAGCUAAUUACAGUCCAUCAGCCAGUUCAUUAAAUCCCUAUUUACAAACAGAUGUUAUGAGUUCAGAAUGUAGCACAGUAACUGUCGACCAUAAUUCUCAUCCUCUCGUAACUAAGCUUGCACUGUACGAAUCGCCUCGUCAUCAUCAUCAGCAUCAACAUCGUUCAUCCCAAUCACCAUUUAUAAGUCCACCAUCCAUUACAGCAUCUCAACAACCAUCAUUUAACGAAUUGAAUUUUCAUCGCGAAAAUGUGUCUAGUAACAACCUGAUGACUGCACAAACUCAUUAUAUCCUGACAAGUACACCGAAUGAAAUCGAUUCUAAUCAGAAAAGAAUCUUCUCUAAUCGCAUACAAACCUCACCAGUCUCAAUAAUUCCGAAGAUGGAAUAUAAUGCUUGUCCUAUUAUUCAUACAUAUAGAAGUGGAUGAAGAUAUACAUAUAUCUCGCUUACAAUUUUAUGCCACCUGUGUCAGAGGUAUACAGCAAAUGAUCAUUGAGCAUGGCAUUUCUAUUAUUGAAAUGACUUCCUUUCAUUCACCUUUAAAUUGUUGUUCAAAUAAAUCUCAUCUGUAAUGGAGUUACACUCUACCACAGUGCCCAAGUUUUAUACUGAUAUAAAUAAAGUGUUGGUAAAUGGAGUUGGUUAACUCGUUUACAACUCUUUAUCUUCAAGCUAACGUCAUUUAUUUUCGCUUCAAAGAUAUAAGCAAAUCCUUGUUUUUUCAGCAUUGAUAUCAUUACAAAUGCUAUAAUGACACUUGCAAACUGUGAUUAUCAAACUGUUUAUCAUGUUCUUUCACUUAUAUCCUUUAUCUUUUAAAUCUUAUCAUGUAUCUGAAUGUUUCUUGAUAUGUAUUCGUAUAUGUUUCUUAAAAUCAAACUCAGGUGAACAAUAUUGCACACAAAUGUAUGAUUGGAUGCGAAAUAUCCAGAAAUAAAACUCUAUACAAAAAUCGAUUCCCUUCUACACUAGGUUACUCUUUUUAAUAUUUUUAUUCUGUUUGUUUUUCCUUGCAUUACUUUCACUAUCAAACUAUCAUUCACCCACAUACUAUAUCUCUAAUUAUCGAUAAAUCCCAUCGCAUGUUGUAUAUGUUGAAAACUGUUUCAAAAUGAAUUCUCUUCUGUUUUUCGCAUUUCUAUUCUUAUUUUUUGUCAAAUCCUAUAUUCCCCAUUUUUACUUGAAAUUACCAUGAAAAUUAUAUAUUCUUGUGAUAUAUAUAUAUAUAUGCAAAUCUUUCCCAGGGAGGACAGUUUAUUUCAACUAUUGAUUUGGAUAAAUACAUUAAUCAGAAUUAUUUUCCGACAAAGGAAUACAUUCAGAAAUCAUAAUUUCACCAAUAAGAAAAGAAACAUACUGUCUUCUUUUACUCACAAUGGAACUUAAAUGAUAUGAAAUGUUAAAGUGUUGAAUUAUUCAUUUACACUGUAAAAAUAAAACCUGUACUUUAUCAAUUGAUAUUCGUAAAAAUUUAUGUCGAGACUUAUUCAACGGAAUAAUAAAAACUUUGUCUCUGUUCACACCUUUUCAAAACAUUUAAAUAAAUCAACCUUAAGGCAUCAUCGAAGCGUUCCCUAGUAAAAGGUAACAUAUCAGUACAUGUUGAGCUCUUC